AUGCACAGCACUGAUAUGGAGGCUGGUUUGGCUGCGUCUCCUGGCUCUAACACACCUGUGCAGAACCUAAAUACCUCUGUGGCUCCCACACCUACUGAAGCUCCACCCACUCAGGCUCCACCCCAAGUACCACCUGGAGAAUUAAUUAUCUCAACCAGAACCAAACUGCUGAAUGAACUUCACAAAGUCCACUUUCCCUCCUGGGCUUUGGUGGCGUUGGGCUUCAUCCUUCUCUUCCUCGCUCUCAGCUGCUGCUUCUGCAUCUGCAGGAAGUUUGUGUUGAAGAGGAAGAAGGAGAAACCUGUGAAAGAGAAGAGCAGAAAGGACGGCAUCGGCAUGUCAACUGUGAGAGAUGAAGGCAUCACGCAGAUUCCACAUCAUGAUUCCAAACCUCAGGAGAAACAGCCGGAGUGUAAAGACGACAUGAAUCUCGGAAAACUUCAGUUUAGUCUCGACUACAACUUCACCGAGAGCACGCUCAUUGUCAGAGUGAUUCAGGCAGAAGAUCUGGCUGCCAUGGACAUGAGUGGGACUUCAGAUCCAUACGUGAAGCUCUGUCUCCUCCCCGACAAGAAGAAAAAAUUUGAGACUAAAAUCCACAGAAAGACUCUGAACCCCAUUUUCAAUGAGUGCUUCACUUUUAAGGUUCCGUACUCAGAGCUCGGAGGAAAGACUCUGCUCAUGACCGUGUAUGAUUUUGAUCGUUUCUCCAAACACGAUGCCAUCGGAGCUGUAAGAGUGCCGAUGAACCACGUCGACUUUAGUCAUGUGACCGAAGAAUGGCGGGAACUGCAGAAGGUGGAGCAUGAAGAGCAGGAGAAGUUAGGUGACCUCUGUCUGUCCCUGCGUUACGUCCCCACUGCCGGGAAACUCACCAUCGUCAUCCUGGAGGCCAAAAACCUCAAGAAAAUGGAUGUAGGUGGUCUCUCAGGUGUGCUGUGACGUAUUUCUACAAUUUAUUUAUUUUCACAUUAAAUUUACAGGUAGGAAAUGUGGUGCUAAUUUUUCAUUUCAGAUCCUUAUGUGAAGAUCCACCUGAUGCAGAAUGGCAAAAGACUGAAGAAGAAGAAGACAACAAUAAAGAAAAACACCCUGAAUCCAUAUUACAAUGAAUCUUUCAGCUUUGAGAUUUCAUCAGAACAAAUUGAGAAAGUUCAGAUCAUAGUGACUGUGCUGGACUAUGAUAAGAUCGGUAAGAACGACACCAUUGGGAAGAUCCUGGUGGGAAUGAACAGCUCGGGGACGGAGCGGCGGCACUGGGAGGGCAUGCUGGCCAGUCCGAGGAGACCCCUCGCUCAGUGGCACGCUCUUAAACCUGACGAGGAUGUGGACGCAGAGCUCGUAAAGAAAUGACACUUCAUAUCUAAGUGGGGAUCAGCAGUCAUGUGAUCAGUUAUCUGCAACGCAAAGCUCAACUCUGAAUUUUAUCCAGGUUUAUUGUGCAAUGAUUAAUGAAACGCACUGAUGAGCAAUUGUCUCUUUUCGGUGAGUCAAAGCAAUAAGAAUCGACUCCUUUGGCUCCCAAAUGACUCUGUGCUGU